UGUUAUCGUUUUUCUCUAAGCUUUCAUUAAAGAACUCGCAGAAGCUGCCCGUGGAAGUCGCUAAACCCGCUUAUAUGGACAAAAGUGCAUCGUUGCAAGAACUUGGCUACAAGGACAAUAAUGAUUUGAGAGAAACUAUUUAUGGUUUGUUUUUUCGCCCUUAACUGUUUUUGUGUAGUUUUCUGUGAUUUUUAAUAAGUGUUGUGGUGUUUUAGACUUUUUGCGGACGAUCCGGGAUCCCGAAAAGCCCAGUACUUUGGAGGACCUUAAAGUUGUCUAUGAGGAAGGGAUAUUUAUUAAGGAACCUACGGAAGACAAUGUUCCCGUUUUAAGGGUUGAGUUCAAUCCUACUGUGCCUCAUUGUUCUCUAGCGACCUUAAUUGGACUGUGCAUUAGAAUAAAGAUACAGAGAUCUGUUCAUCAUCCUGUAAAGCUAGACAUUUAUAUUAAAAAAGGUGCACAUACUACAGAAGAUGAAAUCAACAAGCAGAUCAAUGACAAGGAGAGAAUUGCUGCUGCAAUGGAGAAUCCUAAUCUGCGGAACCUUGUAGAGAGUUGCAUUGCCGAUGAAGAAUAGUUAUUCAUUAGCAUAGUUCAAUUUAACAAUAUGGCACCCGACGCGGCAUUUUCAAAUAUAGGAGAUAAGAAUGAAUUUACUAAGUUUACUAAAUUUCUUGCCUACAAAGGCGUGCAGGUCAUUGUUGAAUCAAGGAAAGGGGUUAAAAUUGAUGCAAAUACAAAACAACAGUCAGCUGACACAGACUGGUUCAAUCUACAUAUACCAGACUCACCCGAAGUUAAUCAAGCUACUAAAAAUGCUUUACCAUCAGAUAGAAUACUAGAAACUAUUAGAUCUCACUUAAAUGUAGAAAUAUCAGUACAAACUGAGGAUGGAGAUGAAAUGGUGCUUGAAUUAUGGACCUUGGGACUAGACGAAACACAAUUUGAUUCAUCUUUAAAAGCAAUGAACACAGUUUACUUCAGAAUGGGAAUCCUAUUGAAAUCACUUAUCACAAUUACUAGAAUCACUCCAGCAUAUCACUUAUCACGGAAGCAGCGAACAGAGUCAUUUACAAUUUUCUACAGAGUUUAUAGCGGUGAGCCCAAGGUAAAGACAUUAGGUGAGUCAGUUAAAAAAGUUCAAGCUGGAAUGCUAAAAACACCUCUAGGAGGAUUAGGUUUCAGUGUUUCAUAUAGAACAAAUUUCUCUAUAUCACCUAAUAGGUCUGAAAAGAACAAAACACUUUUACUCAAGAGUGACCAUUUUGAAUUGAGUCCAAAGCAUGUUAUAUUUGAAACAAAGAAAAAAAAGGAACCUUCAUCUCCACAACCAAUUGACCUGAACAAACCUCUUCGUCUAGCGGCAUUCGUUGAUGAAUAUCUCGUGGAAGAAGUAAUAAAGGAGUUUUUCAAAAAGUUUCCUGUACCGAAAUGCCGGACACCGAAAUUUGAAAUAAUAGAGGAUGAAACAACAAUUUGUAAAAGCACCCAGGAGUUGGAUAUGAGUGUCAUCUCAAAAAGCCCGACGUCGCUUGAAAUGCCACCUAAAAAGUUUCCAGGAUUUAGAAGUGAAAAUGAACCGCCAUUGAAAUUGUUAUGCUUUCCCUUUGCAGACAACCAUCCAAUACGUGAGUUGGCUGAAUUUUACAAAGAUUUUUUUAAUGCGCCACAUUUAAAGUUAUCCAAUUAUGAUACAGCAUUCAAAGAAAAAAAGCUUGAAAUGACAACAGAAGAUUUUUCUGAAGAUCUACUAAAACAUGAGAGUUCAUUAAUAGAAUUUGAUCAAUUGGUAGAUGAUAUGUGCCGGUCGGCAGAGUGGAGCGGGAAUUAAUGGUGAAAGACUGAAUUAUUGUGGGAUUUUAAAUAAAGUUUUAUUGUUUAUUUGAAAUGUUCUCUAUGUUGUCUGAUUUAACCUGAUUCUAUUUAAUAAAAAUAUUUAUACCUGCUUAUUCCAAUAUUUAAUAUGAUGUAUAAAACAUUUUUCUUAUUGUUAAUAAUAUAAUAGCUCAAACAUUAUAAAGAUUAAAAUAUGAUUGUGUGUGUAUAAACAAAUGUUUUGAGACUGAAUGAAACUUUAUAUUAAGACUGGUCUUAAAUAUUGAUAAACAAGAUCUCUUGCCCAUUUUUAUAGUAACAUACAUCUUGAGUUUACUGUAACACAAUAAAGAUUAUUAAUAUGUAGUUAUAAUUAUUCCUUACUUUUUAACAGUUACAUAAUAUGUAUGUUAGAUGUUUUAAGAAUUGAAGUUAACUUUAUAUACAUAUAUGUGUUAUAGAAUGUUUGAUGUAUAUGCAGUUGUGUAAGAAUAUAGUAUGAAAAAUAUUAUCUAAUAUUUUAAUGUUGGACAAUUUUAGUAUGUGGUUGUAGCAAAAUUAUUUUGGUUCCUUCAAUGCCAAAUCGUUGGAAAGUGUAAAGUUUUGCUCUUAUUAUUUAUACAAUGAAGUAGAAACUUUUUUAUUAUUCUGGUUUGUAAUUGUCUAUAGUAAAUAAUCAUACACUUGGUGAAUUUUAUCUCCAUACAUACUAGAAUAUCCAAAUACAUGAAAUCUUUGUAUGUAUGUUAGUAUAUAUUACCAAUGCACUAUGAAGAAUAGCCACUACGUAACCAACCUAAAACUACCUAAUUCAACAUUUUUCUACGAUAAUUAUUUUGUAUCAGUGAUUUAUGGACUUUUAGAUAUUAGUUAAAAUAUACCUACCUAAUACCUAUGUUAAGAAUUCAAAUAAAGGUAACAUAUUAUAGCAUGUUUUAAGUUAAGUAUCAAUUCAUUUAAUUUUCAAAAAAUGUUUUUAAUAAUAAAGAACAAUAUUCACUA